GGCCCGGGGCCAGGGGGGGCUGAGGGGUCUUCGGUGUCCCCUACAGGGGCGGCGGGAGGGGCUGGGGGGGGGGUCUCUGUGCCCCAUAGGGGCUUGGGGGGGCGAUUCCCUGUCCCUAUAGGGACUGUGGGGGGGCUUCCCUGUCCCCUAUAGGGGAUGGGGGGGGUCCCUGUGCCCUGUAGGGGCUGUCGGUGGGGGGGUCCCUGUUCCCUAUAGGGGUGUCAGGAGGGGCUUGGGGGGUGGUCCCUGUGCCCUAUAGAGGCUGGGGGGGGCGAUUCCGUGUCCCUAUAGGGGCUGGAGGGGUCCCUGUGCCCCAUAGGGGUGUCAGGAGGGGCUGGGGGGGGUCCCUGUGCCCUAUAGGGGUUGGGGGGGGCGAUUCCCUGUCCCUAUAGAGCUCCUCUAUGGGGCAGGGAGGAGGCCCCCUCCCUUCCCACCCCUGUGGAGAUUCAAGGAGGGGGGGUUUGUGCUCCCUAAAGUUGGAAUUGGGGCGUUUUACCCUUUUCCUCCCCCUUUGAAGCGCUCAUUGGAGACACCCCCCCCCCCCAUCAAAGACCAUGGUUGGGGGCAGGAGGAUGCUGAGCCCGGAGGCAGCGGCCGGACAGACGGACACAGCCCCCGCCAUGGCCUGACCCCCCUUCCCCCCCCAUGCACCGUGUGGAAGCUCCGGCGGGAGAGAAGCAGCAACUUCAGCCCCUGUUCCCAAGGGAUUCUCAGGCGGCUCUGGAAAAGGAGGGGGAGGGGGGAACCCCAGCGACCCCCCUCCCCCUGGAGCGACCCCCAACCAGGUCCAUGGCAUGGGAGUGAGCGCUGAAGGAUGCUGAAGAAGAGCAGCUUGGUGCUGUGGGGGGCGGCGCUCUUCAUCGCCUGGAAUGGCCUCCUCCUCCUCUUCCUCUGGAGCCGCCCGAGCUCCCCCCCCGACGGCGACCUCCUCACGGCCCAAGUGAUCCGCUUGGCCCAGGACGCCGAAACCGAGCUCGAGCGGCAGAAGCAGCUCCUGCACCAGAUCCACCGCUACAGCGGGCUCUGGGGACGGCGCCACCGGCUCCCCGCUACCCCCAAACCACCCCCUCCGCCGCCGCCCCCCCCUCCGUCACCGGCACCGCCGCAACCCACCGAGCCCGGCGGCCCCGUGCUGCCGGUGCUGGUGCUGGCCUGCGACCGCAGCACCGUGCGCCGCUGCCUGGAUAAGCUCCUGCGGUACCGGCCCUCGGCGCAGCAGUUCCCUGUCAUCGUGAGCCAGGAUUGUGGCCACGCCGAGACCGCCCGGGUCAUCGCUUCCUAUGGGGAUGCCGUGGCUCAUAUCCGGCAGCCGGACCUCAGCGACAUCCCGGUGCCGGCGGAACAUAGGAAAUUCCAAGGAUAUUACAAAAUCGCCCGGCAUUACCGCUGGGCUUUGGGGCAGGUUUUCCGCACGUUCCGUUACCGCGCUGCCAUCGUGGUGGAGGAUGAUUUAGAAGUCGCUCCGGAUUUCUUUGAGUAUUUCCAAGCGGCAUUCCCGCUGCUCCUGGCUGACCGCAGCCUCUGGUGCGUGUCCGCUUGGAAUGACAACGGGAAGGAGCAAAUGGUGGACGUUGGACAAGCUGAACUGCUUUACAGGACUGAUUUCUUUCCCGGCCUUGGGUGGUUGCUUUUAGCCGAGCUUUGGGAUGAACUUGAACCCAAAUGGCCGCGAGCUUUUUGGGACGAUUGGAUGCGGCAGCCGGAGCAGCGCCGGGAUCGCUCCUGCGUCCGGCCCGAGGUGUCCCGUACGAUGACGUUCGGUCGCAAAGGCGUGAGCCACGGCCAGUUCUUUGACCAGUAUUUAAAAUUCAUCAAACUCAACGACCGUUUCGUGCCUUUUACCCAACUGGAUCUUUCUUACCUCAAAAAGGACGAGUACGAACGUUCCUUCCUCCCUAAGGUUUACUCCGCUCCGGAGGUGAGGGUGGAAGAGCUCCAGGGGAACCGGCGCCGGGAGCUGGGCACCGUCCGCCUCCAAUACAGCGGCCGUGACUCCUUCAAAGCCUUCGCCAAAGCUUUGGGGCUGAUGGACGACCUCAAGUCCGGCGUCCCCCGCGCCGGCUACCGCGGCAUCGUCAGCUUCGUCUACAGGGGACGGCGCGUUUACCUGGCGCCGCCCUCGGACUGGAUGGGAUACGAUCCCAGCUGGAGUUAGCGGGAAUCGCGCUGCUCGGUGUGGUUUUGUUCUAGAGGGGGUUUCCCCCCCCCCUUUUUCUUUGUUUUUGGGGGUUUUUGUGGUGUGGCUUUAGAGGGGAGGAGCCGGGACACGAGUUGGGGCGAGUGGAGAAAUGAUUUUGCAGAAUAAAUGGCAAAAAACCCCUAAAACUAU